AUGAAAAUCAGCUGUCGGAGGCUGCUGCCAGCACUGGGGGUCCUGCUGACUCUGUCGGGAGCUGGAGCCCAGGAAUCCAAGGCCUGUGCCCCAUGGUGCCCUGCGAAGUCCUUGUGUGUCAACAGCACGGCCUGUCGCUGUGAUGCAGGGUUCACGUCCACAUCGGGGGAGAUCUUCACGGAGCGCACAGACAUAUGCGAGGACAUCAACGAGUGUGCCCCACCCCGGUCCCUGUCUUGUGGGAAAUUCGCCGACUGUCAGAACGUAGACGGCAGCUACUACUGCACCUGCACCCUGGGACAUGGGCUCGUCUCCGGGGAGAAAGAGUUCAAGGAUGAGAGCCAGAACACGUGUCAAGACGUGGACGAGUGCAGCUCCGGGCAGCAUCAGUGUCACAGCUCCACCGUGUGCGUCAACACCCUGGGGUCGUAUAAGUGCCACUGCCGCCAAGGCUGGAAACCGAUUCCCGGACCCAUCAACGGCCCCAUCAACACCAUCUGCAAAGAGAUCCACCUGCCCACCUGGACCCCGCCCCAUGGUGUCCACAGCCAGACUCUCUCCGGAUUCCUUGACAAAGUCCAGGCUCUGAGCAGAGACUUCAAGCCAGUCUCAGCCAAUGUCACCAUCCAGAACCUCAUGCAAAGUGUGGAUGAGCUGCUGGCGUCGCCGGGGGACCUGCAGACCCUGCCUCACUCCCAGCAGCACUGUGUGGCCGCUCACCUGCUGGCUGACCUGGAGCAGACACUGAGAAGCCUGGGCAGGAACCUGCCCCAAGGGCCAUUCACCUCCAGUUACCCUGCAGGCACAGAACUGUCCCUGGAGGUGCAAGAGCAAGGAGUCAGGAGUGUCACCUUGAGUCAACGCCAGGCAAAGAUGCAGCUGGACUGGAAGCCUGCCUGGGAGUCUGGUGACACAGGCCCCUCUGUGGUGGGCCUGGUCUCCACUCCAGGGAUGGCCAAGUUGAUGGCUGAGGCCCCUCUGGACCUGGACCACGAGCAGGGAGAAGCUCCGUAUGAGACUCGCAAGGGCUUCCCGCAGGGGUGGCCCCCUGUCCUGCUCUCAGACGUUGUCUCGGCCUUUGUGAGCAGCAGAAACACCGAGAACCUUGGCUCCACCAUAGCCUUAACCUUCUCCCACCGUCCGGUGAUCCAGGAGCCACGGCUCUGUGUCUUCUGGGAGCAGAGUGACGGCGGAUGUGGCCACUGGGCCAGUGCGGGCUGCUGGACGGAGAGCAGCAGAGGCAACAGCACCACCUGCCGCUGUCCCCACCUCAGUAGCUUUGCCGUCCUCAUGGGAUACGAUGGUGCACAGGCACGGGACCCUGUGCUGCGCAGCGUCACGCGCGUGGGGCUGGCCCUGUCCCUCCUCUGCCUCCUGCUGGCGGCCCUCACCUUCCUGCUGUGCAGAACCAUCCAGAACACCAGCACCUCCCUGCACCUGCACCUGUCGCUCUGCCUCUUCCUGGCCCACCUCCUCUUCCUCACCGGCAUCGAUCAAACUGAGCCCAAGGUGCUGUGCGCCACUAUCGCCGGGGCCCUCCACUAUCUCUACCUGGCUUCGUUCACCUGGAUGCUGCUGGAGGGCCUGCACCUGCUCCUCACUGCCCGGAACCUCACGGUGCUCAACUACUCCAGGGGCGGCGGCAGACUCACAAAGCAGCUCCUGCUCCCGGUGGGCUGAGUGCCGGCUGUCAUCGUGGCCGUCUCGGCAGCGGCCAGGCCUCAGCUGUAUGGAACACCUGCCCGCUGCUGGCUGCACUCAGAAAAGGGAUUUCUGUGGGGCUUCCUCGGCCCCGUCUGUGCCGUGUUCUUGAUCAAUUUAGCUUUUUUCCUGACGACCCUCUGGAUUCUGCAAAGCAAGCUCUCCUCCCUCAGCAGAGACGUGUCUACCUUCCAGCACCAGAACACACGGACACUGACGUUCAAAGCCACGGCUCAGCUCGUCAUCCUGGGCUGCACGUGGGGCCUGGGCUUCCUGCAGGUGGGGCCGGCGGCCCGUGCCAUGGCCUAUCUCUUCACCGGCAUCAACACCCUGCAGGGCGUCUUCAUCUUCCUGGUCUACUGCAUCCUGAGCCAGCCGGUCCGGGAGCAGUACAGGACCUGGAUGGAAAAGAUGAGGGGAUCCAGAGGCGAGUCUGAGACGUACGUGCUGUCCAGCCGGGGGUCUGACACCUCCAGCCCCAGCACGGUGAGGUCACGCGUGGCUCCUGACACCUGCCAUCCCAUGCCCACCACACUGCAAGGCCCGGACCCUUCCAAACGCUGA